UUAAUUAAUUUCUAAUCAAACACAUUUCAUAAAUUCGUUUGAAAAACGUUGCGUUGUGCACGGUUUUCAGUUUCAUAUUUUUAUUUUUGGCUUUUUUGGGACAGCGGUCAGCGGUGCCUAACCUCUCCUAGUAAAUACUCCUAUUUACACCAAAUAAAUGUCACCGACGAAGUGACAUUUUAAUUCAUAGUGAAAUCUACUUAUCACUGUUGUUUUCAGUUAAUCCCUAAUCACAAAUAUAUUGUCUGGCCGAUUUCAGAUAAUAUCACCCCUGACAUUAGUCGAAAAGAUAUUUCAAACUUUGGUCAAGCAUUAUAAUACAUUUUUAGGUUAGUUAACUAUGUAACACUAAAUGCGUUCUAUCAGGGACGGAUCGGAUCAGCGAAUAGGAUUUAUCAAAAAGAAAAAAAAAAACAAAAAUCUUACGUACAUAACCGUAAGAGAAGGAUUCCUUUUUCUGUUUACGCAUGACCACAUGUCUUUGGUAGUUCAAAACCGAGAUCUUUUAUAGUCUUUUCACGUAGACAGUCCAUGUGAUUUCCCUUAUCACAAUAUAUUAUUUAUGUUUUAAUAAAAUUAACUAGAUCUCGAUCCGUACAAGCGCACAAAUUUUUAUUUUUAUUUAUUUUUAUAUAAACAUUUUGUUUUCAAUUAUAAAGUGAUAUAUAUUAUAAUAUAUAUGUGUCUAUCAAUUUUUAAAACAUGAUAAGUUUAAAAUAUAUUUUUUAUUGAAUAGAUUAGAUUGUUUCAAACUUUCACAUGUAUUUGUAUCUUCUUCUAUAUAUAUAUUUUUGGAUUAUUAUUUCAUUAUUAAAAUCGUAACUAUAUAUAUAAAUAUUAGUAAAAUAUUAUUUUAUUGUCAUAUUCAAAAAUAUUGCAACAUUUCACAAAUUUAGAAAGCUUUUAAAAAAUUAAAAUUUUCGCUUCAUAGAUUUAUAUUAUAGAGUAAAUAAUUAAGCAUUUAGUUUUUGCUUAAUUUUUAAAAUAAACUAUAUAGUUUAAAAUUUGUUUUCAUUGGUGUAAGGUAGUGAAGAUUAAUCAUUGUUAGAUAAUAUGAUUUUUGUUAUUUAAAAAAAAUCUUUAUAAUUUUAAAAGUUAACAUCGACAAAUAUUUAAAUAAUUAACAUAUGGAGGUAUAAUUUUAAACACUAAAUUGCAUCUAUUUAAUUUAUACUAUCCAUAAAUCUAAUGGAUCAUCUAUUGUUUAAAUCAUAUUAUUGAUAGUCCAAUAAAAAUUUAUGGUAUGUCCAAUAUUUAAAUAAUAAGAUUAGAGAUUAAAUGUAACAUGAUUUUUUAUGAAUAUGUCCAUUAGAUCUGUUUAAAAAAAAUCACAGACUUCUGUUUUAAUAUAUAAGAUAUUUUUGAUUAAAUUUGAGUCACUUAAGAUAUUUUUGAUUAAAUUUGAGUCAAACUUUAAAUUUUUGUUCUAUUUUUUCAGCAAAAAAGUAAAUUUAUGUUUUUCAUUUAUAUAAUCAGCUACCGAAUAACCAAGUGAGAGAGGAUGAAUAGUUGCGAAAAGAGAGGUCACACUGAUAAUAUUAAUUUCAUGCCAAUAAUUUGGAGUAGGCAAAACAAGAAAGAAAUGAUCUGCACGCAAAUGUUAAUAACAUCAUGGCGAUCAACAGCAAGACAAUCAUGACAUCCCUAUCUACUAUGAUACCAAAAAUAGUCAUGAAUUAGUCACUAGCUAUUAACAAACUAAACAUUUCGUAGUAAUUUCUUAUAGAAACAACAAAAUCUAUAAAAAUAAAUAUAUGAUACUAAAAGUAUGAAUGAAAAUUUAAUUGGAUGUAUAUGUAAUAUCAUACAUCUAAUAACAACAUGGAAUUUACAUUGGACUUGUUGUUGUAUACAUGAUCAUUAUAUAUACUAAGGGAUACCUUGACCUAUUAUCCCAUCUCAAGUUAUAGUUCUCUUGCUUAGAAGUCACAAAGCAAUCCACUUUGGGUUCCAUGCCCAAUUUUCUCAUUUCUAGAGAAAUAAAGAUAUAUAUUGAUAAAAAGAUAUCUCACAAAUUAGCUUCUCUUAUCCCGCCAUUCUUCACUCCCUUAAGUGUUUUAGCUUAGCUUAUUCUCUUCUGUCUUCUCGGUACUCAUGAGAGCUGAAGAUAAUAACACUUUUGAUCUUAAUAACUUACCUGAUGAUCCUUCUAUAGACUUUUUCCCAUUCUUUAAAGAAGGCUCGUCUUCAUCUUCAUCCUCUGGAGGAUUUAGAGAGAAGCACAUCAAAGAUGGAAAAGAGUACGAAUGUAGAUUUUGUUCACUCAAGUUCUUCAAAUCCCAAGCUCUCGGUGGCCACAUGAACCGCCACCGUCAAGAGAGGGAGGCGGAGUCACUAAACAAAGCUCGUGAACUUCUUCGCAACAAUACAUUUCCUCCUCAUCAAGGACCUCCAUUUAGUUAUCAGCAUGGAGAUAUGCAUAUAGGAGACCCAAUAACACCAUACAAACCAAUGAUGUAUCCACCAAGAUUGUUCUCCCCCUCCGCACUUCUGCCGCCACCACCACUUGUGCAACCUUAUCUUUAUCCACCACGGUCUCCUACCCCACCGUUAUCGCUUCCUUACCAUUGCACCGACGACUACUAUUUGUACAACAAUGGUACACAUCACCAAACCUUAACCAAUAGCGGUUGCGGUGGUCGCUCACUGCCUGAAUCUAGAUACAUCUUCAUCGGUUCACCCGUGGCUAAUGGCUAUAGGGUUGCUCCUCCUCUUUCGCAGCCUCUACCUCCACAUCAUGGUUAUAAUUAAGGCAAUGGAACAAAUGUGUGUGUUUUAAUAAAAUUUUAUCCAUUAAUGUUAGAUUUAUCCAUAUUUUGUGGAAUAUUGUAAGAGACAUGCCAAAGUAAUUGAUAAUGAAAAACUGAAAUUCACACUGGAGAGGGAGUGUUGUAUUUUGGAGUUAUGUGAGAAGUUUGUAUUUGUAUGAAGGAGCAGCUUUAAACUAUUUUUAUUUUGUUUUUUCUUAUCAUCAUCUACCACUUUCUGGUUCGGAGCUGUUUGUGAGACCAAGUGUUGUCUCGUUCUAUAUUUGUUCUUUGAACUUUUCUUUUUCCUCUGGAGAUAUAAAAAGAACAUAGAAGUGGCGAAAGACUAGGGAGAGGAGAGAUCAACUUAGUUUUGGACUUCUUCUACUUGAGUUAUAACUAACUCUUAUGUUUAAUCCUUCCAAUUUACAUUUAUGAUUAGAGUAAAUUAGCUAAAUAUACUAACAAAUGUGGGAUAUCAUUGAAUGGAGGGAAAAUGGUAAUGUUGGGGGAAGAAAAUUGGAGGGAUAUAGGGUAUGAAGUGCAAAUAGGGUAAAAGUGGUGGGUAGAGAGUACAAAUUCUCUUAUGAUUUAUGAUUAUCUAUUUUUGCAACAUUUUUGAUAAAUAAAUUGUGGUCUUUAUGUUUAAUUUGUUUCGUUACCGAAUUCAUCGUCAUGACAUUAUACGUUACAAAUCUAAGAAAAUCUUCAGGCGCAAGUUGUACCAUCAAAAACAGACUUCGACGGUUCAAGUCGAUGCAGUCACACGUGAAUCUAACAUGUAGAAUUAUCGGUCGUAAUAUUAUCCAUGCAUAGUUUGUAAUAGUAUAAAUAAGUAACGUUAAUAAAAAUAUCUAAGAAAAUCCAAAAUGCAAAUCCAAAACGCAAACCUAAACAGAAAAAAAAACAAAGUUUAUAUCUUGUAAGUCAAAAUAGCGAUCAAGAGGGAAAGAGAGAGAUCAAAUGAGAUCUCGGCUGAAGCAUGUUUCUGUGAUAAAAGGAUAAAUAAAGAGCUAUUCAUGGAAAGAAAUAAAUCAUGAUUUUGUCAAAGAAGGCGAGCGAACAUCUCCAACCUUACUGCAAAUACUUUAAAAUGAAGUGGAUUAUGUAAUUUUUUUUUUCAUAACUGUAUAAUCCACUUCAUUUUGCAGUAAAUUUUAUAGUGGGGUUGGAGAUGUUCGAACCCUAUGGAUAUGUAAUCACAGUCUUCCCAAGAGUUAUAUGUAUAUAUAAAAAUAAAUGAACAAUCAGAAAGCGAAGGAGGGGAGUGAGAGGGAGAUUGAUUGAGUGGAUCAGUAAUUCAGUAUUGAUUUUGUGAAUGAGUUUAAAUUAAGGCCUAUUAAAAAGAAGUUGGACUCUUAACUGAGCCACUGAGACAUAAACAACUGUGGUAAGGACUUAUUGAUGCAGUUAAGUUUCUCUUGUUUCAGUCUGACGAUUGCACAACUGCAUGCGGUAAAGAGUAUCUUAUAUCAGCUUUUACUAUUUCUUAGCUUUGCUCCUCGGUUUCAAUUCUACCCUACUCCUAUAACUAUAUAAGUAUAUAACCCUUUUUGAGAAAACUAAUAUACGCUUUUUCUAGUACAAACUUGUUCAUAUAAAUAUGUUUUUUUUGGGAUAAAAUUCAUAUAAAUAUGUUUUACAAAUACAUUUCCUAAUCCAAGUCUACAUUAACAUUGAAAUCUAUGAUCAUCCGAUGAACCUAUAUAUAUAUAUAACAAUAUCUUAUGUCAACACAUAUACUGCUAAUUUGUAAUCAAUCAUUCAUCUCGACUAGCAAAGCGAAAUUAAACUUAUUACUUGACUAGAUCCACUUAUCUAUCUAAUAAGUAUAGUAAAACAUGUAUUUCCCAAUUAUCUGAAAUCAUGUAUUAUGGUUACAAAAUAGAAGUUAAUUGUAAAUAACAAGAUAUUUUUUUUUUGGACAACUGUGAAAACAACAUAUAUGCGUUUGAUAGAACAUAGAUGUAUGUAUGUAUAUGUGAAUCAUAUAUGUAUUACAUAGAACAUACACCCUUUUUUUGAGUCAAAUGAACAUACACCUUUCUACACAUGGUUCUAUUGUACAUCUAGUUAAGUACAAUUAUAAUAUGUACUAUCAAUAAAGUACACACAAAAUAUAAU